AUGGAGCUCCAGCGGCAGUUGGCAGAGGAGCAGCAGAAGAACCUGGUAGUGCAGCAGCUGGCAGCGGAGAAGGCAUGGAUGGAGGCGGCACUGAUGAGGUUCCUGCAGAUGAAGCGGCAGCACGAGGAGGAGGUGGCUCAGCUCCUGGCCAAGUUUGGCCCUGUGAGUUUGGCCCUUUUGGCCCUUUUGGCCCUUUUGGCCCUUUUGGCCCUUUUGGCCCUUUUGGCCCUUUUGGCCCUUUUGGCCCUUUUGGCCCUUUUGGCCCUUUUGGCCCUUUUGGCCCUUUUGGCCCUUUUGGCCCUUUUGGCCCUUUUGGCCCUGUGA